CCUGCAUUUCCCACUUUUACUUUCUCUCUUACUUUCUUUGUUUACGAAUGCAGCUGCUUUCUUUUUCCAUACAAAUAGUUUUUCUCAUCCAGUGUGGUUGGUGGGUGAUAAAGAUUCUUUAAUCAUUUCAUCGAGUAUUAAUUCAACGAAUAAGCUAUGUCAUCCGGAGAAAUUUUACAAUUUGCACCGCUGCAAUCAUUUGUUAGUCCAACCUUUUGGCAUAAAUUGUCAGAAAUCAAAUUGGAUUUGGAUCGGCUGAACGAUAAGCCGAGAUCAAUAUUUGGCUAUUAUACCAAUCGCAAUGCCAAAUCAUGUCUGCUGGAAAUCGACUAUACAGCAUUCAAUGGUGAUUUUAAAGCUCCAAAAUUCUGCCACAAAGCUCAUGGCACAAUCUAUAAUAAAAACACUAUUGAGGAAUUUAAAACCUGUGACAAGAAUACGCUGAUGAGAGAAGAGGGUCUGAAAUUAAUAGAAGGUUUUCAAACAGAUGCCAUUCUAGACGAUCCAAGCUUAUUGGCCAGAUUUUUUAUACUGUCUUUUGCGGACCUAAAGUCACACAACUAUUAUUAUUGGUUUGGAUUCCCCUGUCCGCUGACAUCAACACUAAAUCUGGAUAAACCAGUUGGAAAUGUAUCCAAUGCCAUUAAGGAAAAGCUAAAGAAAUGUCUUGAUGAAAGUAGUCUGUUGGAUAAUUUCUUUGUUUUUCAAGCCGCUGAGGGACAAGAAAAAAUUCUAACUUUAAAGGAAUUUGUUGUAAGCUCAGAGAAGGAUGCGUCUAUGGAUUUGGAUAAUGUGUAUUUCUGCUUUGCCGACAACAGUGAACACCAGCAUCCCACAUGGCUAAUGAGAAUAUUUAUUGCAUUUCUCUUGCACAAAUGUAAAACCCUACUGGGUAAACCCCUAAAAUUUAUUGGCUUGCGUUAUGAUAAUCACAUGGAUUUGAGCUCAUCCUUACUGUGGCAAAUCACACAAAAGGAAGCGUGCAAUUUUGAUGAUGUGGAACAAUUGAAAUUUGUUGGCUGGGAAUUGAAUAAAAAUCAAAAACCUCAACCACGCAUGGUGUCAAUGCGUGAUAGCAUGGAUCCGCAAUUGCUCACCGAAAAUUCCAUUAAUUUAAAUUUGAAAUUAAUGAAAUGGCGUCUUUUGCCUGAUUUAAAUUUAGAUGUUAUAGCCAAGACAAAGUGUUUGCUAUUUGGUGCCGGUACUUUGGGUUGUGCGGUGUCUAGAAUGUUGUUGGGCUGGGGCUUUAAGCAUAUAACUUUCAUUGAUAAUGGUAAAGUUGGUUUGGCCAAUCCGGUGCGUCAAUAUCUCUAUACCUUUGAAGAUGCCGUCAAGGGUGAUGUCAUGAAAGCCGAUGCAGCAGCUGCUUGUAUGAAGAAAAUCAAUCCCGGAACGAUUUCCACUGGUCAUGUCAUGCAAAUUCCCAUGCCUGGGCACACAGUGGGUGAAUCGUUAAAAGAACAAACCGAAAAGGAUCUUAAUAAACUGAAAGACUUGGUACAAGAACAUGAUGUACUGUUUCUGCUUACCGAUUCGCGGGAAAGUCGUUGGUUACCCACCUUAUUGGGGGCGGUUUAUGGAAAGAUUGUUAUCAAUUCUGCCCUUGGCUUUGAUAGUUAUUUAGUACAAAGACAUGGUGGCACCAGAACUACAGAAAGUUCUGCAAAUGACGACAACAAUACCCAGAUAUUGGAUAAUUUAAAAUGUAUUGCCGGCCAUCAGUUGGGUUGUUAUUUCUGCAAUGAUGUCACUGCACCAGGAAAUUCCCUCAAAGAUCGCACACUGGAUCAACAAUGUACUGUAACCCGUCCAGGCGUUUCAAAUAUUGCCGCCAGUUAUGCUGUGGAACUGUUGGUAUCGCUACUGCAACAUCCAUUACGGGAAAUGGCUCCGGCUUAUUAUGCCAUGACAACCAGCAGCAGUGGUGCAACAUCUUCCCAACAGACAUAUAACAAAAUACCAGAAGGUAUUUUGGGCAUUAUACCACAUUCCAUCCGCGGAAUGUUGAGUAGUUUUGAAAAUAUUCUACCAGCUACACAGAAAUUUGUACAAUGUAUUGCUUGUUCGGAGAAAGUCCUGAGCGAAUAUCGUUUACAUGGCAAUGGAUUUCUAUUCAAAGUAUUUGAAUCGGCUAAAUUUUUGGAAGAUUUGACGGGUAUUUCAGAUUACAAGGAAUUACAGAAUGAGAUAAUCGACUUCAAUGACUCGGAUAUGGAACUGUCCGAUGAAUAAUUUCCAAUAACAACGAAAUAUUUUUAAAUAGCUCUAUAUUUUGUCGAGUUUGCAUUUGCAUUUGAAGAUGAUGACCAAAAUGAUGCAUUAUAAUCUAGUUAUUAAUUCUCACUACUUUGCGAUUUAUAUGUGUGUACCUAUGUGUGUGUAUUUAUAAUUCUUACAAGUGCUAAUAAAUGUAUUUUAUUGAUAUUGAUAAUGGGCCACCGCACCACGUGGUAAUAUAUCAAAAAGCGAA